AUGGCUGCCAAUACUGCAAGCACUGACAAUUUUGAUGAUCUAAGUCAUGUUUUUUAUCUUAGUAAUUCCGACAAUCCUGGCAUCGUCCUGAUUUCCAAUAUCUUGAUAGAAACCAAUUACAAUACAUGGAGCCAAUCCAUGGCCAUUGCACUCAGCACCCAGAACAAAGUCGACUUCAUUGAUGGUACCAUAUCAAAGCCCUCCAAGACAUCUUCUGCUAAGUAUCGACAAUGGAAUCGUUGCAAUAAUAUGGUAAAAGCAUGGCUUCUCAACUCCCUUUCAAAAGAAAUUUCUGCUAGUGUUCUCUUUUGUGAUCUUGCUCAAGAUAUCUGGAUAGAUUUAAAGGAGUGUUUUUCUCAAGAUGAGUUGUCAUCUCUUCAGUCUAAUCUCUUUAAGGGAGAUGUUGCUCCAUACCAACAGUACCAGUGCACCAGGAAGUUUCUUAUGGGACUUAAUGACUCCUAUGGUGCAAUUCGUGGCUAG